AGGCCCCGCCCCCUUGCGGAAGCGCGGUAAAUUCUGUUUGUUCGCUGUUUGUGACGGUUUGGUAACGGAACUUUACCGGGUUUCAGGCUCUACUUUAGGUUAAUUUAACCUGUCGACAUCUCCCACGUUCUGUGCUAAGUGAUACUUAGCCAGACUCCAGUUAAAAACCGUCAUUUUAACGGAGCUUUUCCCUACAGCAACCAGCCCACAUGGAGGUGGACAUCCUGGAGUUCCGUGUUCCUGUGGACAACAAUAAGACCGUGUUUGUGUGGGACAUCCAGCCGUUUCUGACUGAGGCACAGAUCUAUGAGGAGCUGUUUGCCGUCUUCUCGUCCUUCGGUCCCCUCUACCUGUUGAAGGUGUGUCCCAACGCUCCACUCCACCCUCCUGGUUUCUACGCCCUCAUCAAGUUCUACUCCGCAGUUCAGGCAUCGAACGCUCAGCGGCUCACUGACGGACGCCCGCUCUUCCAGAAAUCUGCUCUAAAGGUGAAGCUGAGCUCCAAACAGACACCUCACUUCCUGUCCAGCAGCCUACCUCUAAGCCACACCCGUUGCCUGGAUCUGGCCAAUCACUACCUGGGAUUUGACGGCUGGACCUCUGACAUCAUCACACUGAAGGAGCUCCCAAGUGAAGAAGAUGAAGGAGGUGAUGAAGAGGAGGGAGGAGUCAGACGGAAGAGCCUGAAGUUCGGCUGUUUGGUGAAGCUCUGCUUCGCUCAUCAUGGACUGUCCACCAGAGGAGCUGCGGUCCUGGAGGACACCUUCCCCCUGACAGGUCCAGACGUGGUCCUCCAGAGACGCUGUAAGCUGCAGAGGCUGGUCCGAGAGAAAGCUCUGGUCCAGGCCUUCUCCUCGGUGCUGCUGGUCAUCCUGGGUUCUCCAUCACCCCCUGGUAACAGGAAGGUGAUGGUGGAGCUGAAAGCAACCUCAGACCGGUUUGGACCAGACGAUGAAACCGAAGGAAUCCUGCAGGUGAAUGAGUUUUUUCCUCCUGCUGAUGAAGAGGAGAAUGAAGAGUUGGCUCUGCUGCAGGAAGCCUCUAUCGGGGUGAAUGAAGCUGUGCUCUGAUUGGCUGCUUCUUCUGAGGUGCAGAUAGCCCAGCGGGAAGCAGGGAGGGCGAUCACCCGGAUCCAGGUGGGAGAAGAAACUGCAAGCACAAGGAAACUGUUCAAAUCCACGUUAAUCCACUUAAUCCAGUUUGUUUCCAAGUUGUCCACCAGAAACGGACCAAAUCUCUGUGUAAAAGUCUUCCUUUUAAACCCAAAUAAAGCAGUUUUCCAGAAA